AUGGGCGCUGCACCAUCCAGAAUUAUUGAAGACCUCUUGGAGGAUACCAACUUCGAGAGGGAGGAGAUUGAGAGGCUGAGGAAGCGGUUUAUGAAACUGGACAGAGACAGUUCUGGUUCUAUCGAUAAAACCGAGUUCAUGUCUAUUCCUGGUGUCUCAUCAAAUCCCUUGGCAGGUCGUAUUAUGGAGGUAUUUGAUGAAGACAAUAGUGGGGAUGUUGAUUUCCAGGAAUUCAUAACGGGGCUAUCUAUCUUUAGCGGGAGGGGUAGUAAAGAUGAAAAGCUUAGAUUUGCGUUCAAAAUAUAUGACAUUGAUAAGGAUGGCUUUAUCUCCAAUGGUGAAUUGUUCAUAGUGUUGAAGAUUAUGGUGGGAAACAAUUUGGAAGAUGAGCAACUACAACAGAUAGUGGAUAGAACUAUACAAGAAAAUGACGUGGACGAAGACGGCAAAUUAAGCUUUGAUGAAUUUAAAAAUGCUGUUGAAACCACAGAGGUUGCGAAUUCCCUCACGUUGCAAUGUGAUAUAUGA